GGAGAAUUCGUCAGGUGACCCGCCGCUCACGUGACCCGUUGGAAACUCUUGACUCUUCCUGCUUCUUUCGCGUGGGGGCGAUUGCGGGAUUUUCUGCCUGUUCGACAACAAGCUUGUGAGGUGGAUUGGGCUGAGAGAGAGCGUGACUGGUCCAAGAUUACAUUGCUGGCCUUCAUGCCUAAGCUGGAGAUGACCGGUCUUAUACUUCCUGAGGGACAAACUCCUGCUUGUUGAAUCACAUGACUCCCUCCACGCCUCACAGAAGUUGUGGUGGAAGAAGAAGCGCACAACAAUGCUGGUGAUUUCAACUCUAGCAUUUGUGAUCACUCUGCUUGGACUAUCUAGGACCUCAGAGGCAGCUGUAGCUGCUUCUAAAAGAGAGAAUGAUCACUGGGGUAAGAAUCAUGGCAGGAUUUCGGAGGUACCACAACAGAAAGUAGAACAACAGUUGGAACCUCUGUUGCUGUCUAAGCAAUGCAACAUCCCUCCAGACAGCCGCUUUGACUGUGCCCCAGAGAAGCUUCUAUCUCAAGAUGAAUGUCAAGCUCGGGGAUGUUGUUAUGUCCCGGGCUUUUUCAAAGAGCCAUGGUGCUUCUUUCCUACCAAUUACUCUAGUUACAAGAUGACAAACCUAAUUGCCACCCAGACAGGCUACACUGCCCAUUUGGUCCGCAGUGUCCCUUCUUUCAUGCCAGAUGACAUCAUGUAUGUGCAGCUGGAUGUGAUCUUUGAAACCAAGGGAAGGCUUCACUUCACGCUUAAGGAUCCAGCUAGGAAACGCUAUGAAGUUCCUUUAGAAGCCCCCAAGACCACCAGUCGGGAAUCCUCAACUCUCUAUUCUGUGCAAUUCUCUGUUGAUCCCUUUGGCCUCAUCGUUUUUCGACAGUCCAAUGGCCAAGUUCUGCUGAAUACUACUGUGGCUCCUCUAUUCUAUGCUGACCAGUUCCUUCAAAUCUCCACUGCUCUGCCAUCAAGUUUCAUCUCUGGACUGGGUGAACAUCUGACCCCUCUUACUCUGAAUGUCAAUUGGACCAAAAUUACUUUGUGGAAUCGGGACAUAUCACCUGUGCCCUCUGCCAAUUUGUAUGGUUCACACCCCUUCUAUGUGGCUUUAGAAAAGGGUGGCUUGGCCCACGGAGUCUUCUUACUGAACAGCAAUGCAAUGGAUGUGUUACUGCAGCCCAGUCCAGCUCUGACAUGGAGAACUACAGGGGGUAUCUUGGAUUUCUAUGUCUUCUUGGGUCCAGAUCCAAGCAGCGUGGUGCGCCAGUAUAUGGAUGUUAUUGGCUACCCAUUCAUGCCUCCUUAUUGGGCUCUCGGAUUCCAUCUCUGUCGUUGGGGAUACAUUUCCACUGCUGUUACUCGGGAAGUGGUGAAAAACAUGACCGCAGCUCUUUUUCCUCUGGACGUACAAUGGAAUGAUCUGGAUUAUAUGGAUGCUAAGCGAGACUUCACCUUCAAUAAGGAUGGUUUCAGGGACAUGCCAGACAUGGUGAAUGAUUUUCAUCAUGAUGGCCGGAGGUAUGUCAUGAUUGUGGAUCCAGGGAUCAGCAGCGCCAGCCCCCCUGGCAGUUAUCGGCCCUAUGAUGAAGGCCUGAAACGGGGAGUCUUCAUCGUAAAUGCAACAGGACAACCUUUGAUUGGAAGGGUUUGGCCAGGGCCCACUGCCUUCCCGGAUUUCACCAACCCAGAGACUCAACUGUGGUGGUAUGACAUGGUCAAGGAUUUCCAUGACAAAGUUCCCUUUGAUGGCAUGUGGAUAGAUAUGAAUGAGCCAUCAAAUUUUGUGGAUGGUUCCUUGGAAGAUUGUCCAAACAACAAGCUUGAGAACCCCCCAUAUGUACCAGGUAUGCUGGGUGGAACCUUGAAGGCAAAAACCCUCUGUGCCUCCAGUAAGCAGUACCUGUCUUCCCAUUAUAACUUGCACAGCCUUUAUGGGUUGACUGAAACCAUUGCAACACAUGAUGCUUUGGUGAAAGUGCGAGGGAAGCGUCCGUUUGUGAUCUCACGUUCCACCUUUGCCAGCCACGGACGCUAUGCUGGCCAUUGGACCGGGGAUGUCAUAAGCGUUUGGGAGCAUCUAUACUACAGUAUACCAGCAAUGCUGCUCUUCAAUCUCUAUGGGGUGCCAUUGGUCGGGGCUGACAUCUGUGGAUUUCUGAACAGCACGACGGAGGAGCUGUGUGUCCGCUGGACCCAACUGGGCGCAUUCUACCCUUUCAUGCGAAACCACAAUGACCGAGGAAGCAAGCCUCAAGAGCCAUAUGCCUUCAGCCCAGAAGCCCAACAAGCCAUGAAGAAAGCCUUUUCCCUGCGCUACUCCCUGUUGCCCUAUCUUUACACCCUGUUCCACAAGGCCCACUCCACAGGCGAGACAGUAGCCCGUCCCCUUUAUUUUGAGUUCCCACAAGAUACAUACACAUGGACCAUUGAUAGACAGUUCAUGUGGGGAGCUGGGCUCCUCAUUACUCCUGUGUUAGAAGAAGGGAUAAGAAAAAUGACUGGCUAUUUUCCUUCGGGGACAUGGUAUGAUAUCAUCACGGGGUCUGUCAUCCACAGCAAGGGACAGUGGAUUCUCCUACCAGCUCCACUUGACACCAUCAAUGUCCAUAUCCGUGGAGGUCACAUUCUUCCUUUGCAGGAACCUGCUCUCACAACCACAGAGUCCCGUUCGAAUGGAAUGACUCUCGUUGUGGCUUUGACGCCGGAAGGGGUGGCCAGAGGGGAUUUGUUCUGGGAUGAUGGCGAAGGGCUGCUGACCUUUGAGAAGGGCGAUUACACAGAGAUCUUCUUUCUGGCAAGAAGUGGUGUACUAGUGAAUGAGAUUGUGCGACUCAACGGCCACAUAGAUGGACUUCUUCUGAUACAGGUGCUCGUGUUAGGUGUCCCCAGCCCUCCCCAGCAGGUUCUGGCAAAUGAUACCCCCGUCUUGGAUUUUUCUUACCGCACCGACACCAAGGUCCUUACUAUUCCACUUUCUUUGCUGAUGGGGGAAGAAUUUGUCAUCACUUGGUCCUAAGAAGAAAAAAAGACAGUUAGACAACAAUUUGAAUAAAAGAUAAAACAUGUCUGAAAUGUAAAUGGGGAAAAAAAGUUUCUUUGACGAACAAGAUCCUUUGCUCUGGUGUUCUAGUAGGAUCAUUAAAGCCUGCAGGAGAUCUCCCAUGCCAGUGAUGGUGAAUGUUUUUCUGCUCGGAUGCCAAAAGAGUGCCGCGCAUGUGUGCUCACACCCAUAAUGCAAUGCCCUCCCCCUGGUGCAUGUGGCACAACCACCACCCCUGCACCUCCCCCCCCCGCUUGCGCACAGGCCUCACUGAAGUCUCCGGACUUUUGGUAGGCCCAUUGUGCCUGUUUUUCGCCCUUCCCAGGCUUCAGGAAAGCCUCCUGAAGCCUGGGGAGGGCAAAACGGAAGGCCGAAAAUCAGCUGGCCAGCGUGCGCAUGCACGCUGGAGCUGACAUAGAGCAACAUCUCACCUGCCAUCAGAUACAGCUCCACGUGCCACAGGUGCUAUGCUCUUCAUCCAAGCUGGAUAUGUAACAAGAUUUGGGUCGGGUUGGAUGCUACCAGCUUUCAUGACAAGAUUCCCUAAUGGUUUGAAUGAUUGCAUUUUUCAAAUGUCACCUCCUCCCCCUCCUAGAGAACAAUAAAUAAUUUCUGUUAAGAAUGUUGUAAUAUUUCCCAGAAUUGCACAGGGAGUUGGAGUAGAGUAGCUGAUCUUCAAGUGGCAUUGAUUAUAUUCUGUAAUUUUAUAAAAUUAGGGAUGGGGGGAAAGUGUAGAAAAAAUGAAAUACCAAAUGUCCUAACCAAUGUACUGAUCGCAUACUACUGGAUUAAUACAAUAAUUUGACAAACGUCUAUAUGCUAAUGCUUUAUAUGCUUAUAUAAAACCAUUUGUAAUAGUUCCUUUAUCCAGACUUUUUGACAAAAGUUUUCCUCAGUGUCAGACAGAUUAUUCUCAUGGUAGUCUCAAGGGAGAAUGCUUAAGCAGUUCUUUCUCUUGACUAUAGAUUGCUUCCCAGUCGCAAUCUUUUACUGAGGGAAUAGCUUAGUUCUCCAUCAGAAAAACGAGUUGUUCCAAGACCAGGCCUCUUUGAAGCUGCCUCUAUUCAAAUUAGAUGAAUUUGUGACUUGCCUGAA